AUGUCAACCGGGAAGAUACAAAUCCAAGAGAAUCUGUACCUCGUAGAGUCUGAAUUAGGAUGGAUCCUCUCUGGAAAACCAGAUAGCUACCAUGACAGGAAUGAUGAUCUCUCCGUCCUCACCUAUUAUCAAGCAUCGUGGGAAAAUAGACUUAAUGAACCUGAUCCACCCUUAGAUACAGGAAAUGUCAAAUCUUUGUGGGAAUUAGAGUCAAUUGGCAUUACAGAUUCUCCGAAGGUCAACCGAGAUGAGGAAGCAAUCAAGCACUUCAAUGAGAAUACGAUAUUCAAGGAUAACAGAUACUUUGUCAGCUGGCCUUGGAAUGAAUACCCCCCAGAUCUACAGUCGAACAUAGGACUUGCACAUGGCCGACUCGUCAGUCUACUCAAACGAAUAGAUACAGAGGCCUUGCGGAUCUACGAUCAGACCUUACAAGAACAGUUUAAAACAGGUAUUAUAGAAAUUAUCGAAGACGAAGGGACUACAGAUCAUCCCAUACAUUACCUAAGCCAUCAUGGAGUGUCGGCGCCCGGGAAAAAGCUUAGAAUUGUCUAUGAUGCGUCAGCAAAGACAAAGGACAGUAAAAGCCUUAACGAAUGUAUGUACUGCGGCCCAAUGAUGUUGGAAGAUCUAACAGGCUUGUUAAUAAAGUUUAGAUGUCACAAAAUUGGAAUAACGGCUGAUGUAGAAAAGGCUUUUCUACAGAUAGGCUUACACAACAAAGACAGAGACGUCACAAGAUUCCUGUGGUUGAAGGAUGUGUCUAAACCAGCUGUAAAGGAGAAUCUUGUACAUUACAGAUUCACACGUGUACCCUUUGGCAUAAUAUCCAGUCCAUUUUUGUUGAAUGCUACCAUCAAACAUCACUUAUCUAGAACCAAUGAUGGACGUUUAAAGAGUCUAGCCAGCGACAUCUAUGUGGAUAAUGUCUUGACAGGAACAAACAGCAUCGAAGAAGCGAUGAGUCUGUAUAGAGACAGUAAAAUGAUCUUCUUCUUCCUCGCGUUAUCCCGGCAUUUUGCCACGGCUCAUGGGAGCCUGGGGUCCGCUUGA